GUCUCCAUCCUUCAGCAUCCCCUCAUCCUCCACCUAUUCGCCCUCUUCCUCCUCCUCUCUGGCAUUUUGUGCAGCGGAGGAGUAAAGGAGGAGAGACUGCUGAGGAGGAGACAGAGGGGACCCUGAGACAACACGUCCCACGCCAGAGCCCGACAGCCAGGGAGAACUUUGAUUUGACGCCAAGUAGCCUGCGAUGACAAUGACGAUGAAGAGAAACAGCCACGUUUCUUCAUCUUCUUCUUCUUCUUCUUGGGAGGCUUAGAUAUUUCGGGCGUGUGCAACAUAUGAUGUCCUUGGACUCAUAUGCUCAGUGAAGAUUUAUUUAGGCUGUCUCUGAUUUCGCUGAUGGCGCUGCUUCGUUCUGCCCGCACUUAGGUCAGCCCAAUGAACGUGAAGGCGGUCUGAGCGCAUUGUUUCCAGCUCCGUUUGCAUAUGGGAUUUCCAGCCGUGAUGUCUGCAAUAUUUCGCUCUUUGUUUCUAGUUCUAUUCAGCCUGUUGUCAGUGGGUGCCCAGACGGAGAUGAAGAAGGUUGUCGGGGACAAUGCCACCUUACCAUGCCACCACCAGUUCCCGUCGUCCAACUCUCUUGACAUAGAGUGGCUACUGCAGAAACCAAACUCCAGACAAAAAGUGAUUAUUACCUUCUUUGGGGGCCAGGUUUACACCAAUGAGGCGACGGCCAACGAGGCCAGCCGUCUUUCCUUUGCUGGGGAGUACCUGGCUGGAGACGCCUCCCUGCUGAUCAGUGACCUGCUGCUGACUGACUCCGGGGAAUACCACUGUAAAGUCAAGACUGGGGGAAAGUACCACUGGAGCCAGGUCAACCUCAUUGUGCUGGUCAAACCUUCCAAGCCAAGGUGCUGGAUGGAUGGCAAACUCCUGGAGGGCAGUGAUGUCAAGCUGAGCUGCAAGUCCAGCGAUGGUUCUGACCCCAUCAACUACAAGUGGGAGCGAGUACUGGACAAAGGCAAGAGUCUGGGCAAAUUGCCAAACUUGGCACUGAUAGAUCUCAAGAACCCAGAGCUUGUGACCCUGAGGAAUCUCACCAUGGACAGCACAGGAGUCUACAGAUGCACAGCAAGCAAUGACGUGGGAGAGGAAAACUGUACCAUUGAGGUCACAAUGCAACAUGUGAGGGAUAUAGGCAUGGUAGCAGGUGCAGUCGUGGGAAUAUCCCUUGGUGUCCUUAUUGUCAUAUUAAUCAUCUGGCUUGUCUUCCGGAAGAAAGAGAAAAAGAAGUAUGAGGAGGAGGAGACUCCAAAUGAGAUCAGGGAGGACGCGGAGGCUCCCAAAGCCAAGCUAGUGAAGCCCAACUCCCUCUCCUCGUCCCGCUCCGGCAGCUCACGCUCCGGUGCCUCCUCCACCCAGUCCAUGGUGCACAACAGUGCCCUACGUGGUCACCGCCCUCGCCCACCUGCUGUAGCAGCUGUCAAGGAAAAUGGACAGCCUCCAGGCUUCCCCCAGUCCCCUCCAGCCUACACUUCAGUGGUGCCCAAGACCCCCGAGCCCCCUGCCACUCCCAAAUACAACUCCAGGAACAUGUCUGGGCCCACACCCCCAACCCUCAUGGUCCCGGCCCAGACCAAGGCCUUUCAGACUGUGUAGGACUGAAAGCCAACCACUUCAUGCAACCAUGUGAGACUCCAUCCCAGCCCAAGCCCCUAGCCCCCUUCCCAAAGACUAAGACUCUUCCAUAGACAAAGAAAUGCAACUAGUUUAAAGGAUGUAAUUAAAAGAAUCCAUACUAUAAGUCCAAAAGUACUUUUAAUGAAUGCAAACUUAAAAAGGGAAAAUAAGACGUUUGCCCCCUACUGAAUUACAUUAAACAACAAAACUAAAAGCAAGACCUGAGAUGCAACACUGUUCAUGUCUCAUGGCUGAAGGCAGAACUUAUUUUCUGAGUUCUGUCUUUUGGCUUUGUAAGGCACAAGAAAGUAUUGUGUGCAGCCAGGGGGAAUGUGCCCCCUGUAGUAGUAGAGCUUUUAUUUAUUUAUCAAAUCAAAGGGUGAGGCAUGCAGUAGAGAAAAAAAGGAACACAGUGAAAGCUGGAUGAUGAAGUAGAUCCAAGACAGAUACCAAUGGAGUUAUACAGCUGUUGAGUUUUGGUUGUCGAAAAAUAUGAGAUGCAUUACAAGCAGGGUGGAAACAAGGAGGAAGAAAGUGCAAGAGUGGAAGAGAGCUACUGAUUUUUUUUUUACCCUGGGAGGAGGGGGGGGGCGUGGGGUGAGUCUCUGAUUCAUGUCACCCUGCACCUCUGACUUGCUGUCUCCAGCACCUGCUCUGGAACCACAAACCCCUUUUCCUCCCAAGGGCUGGGCCUGUUGUGCCCAUCCAUGUGAAAAGACACAGUGUGCGGCGUGUGCAUCAUCUGCCUCAGUGCUCUCGGUCUUUUCGUGCUCCCAUAAUGAACCCAUGAGAAACCACAGCAUUCCUGAGACUGACUCAGCUGGCUCACACACAGCUCAUCUGCUUUACCAAUCAACAGGGGAAACUUCAGGUGCAAGGAUGUAGCAUUGACAGUCAAAUCAGAUCAAUGGAGUCGAUACCCCCUUCUACAUCUUGUCUACAGAUAUCCUUUUUCUGGUACUGAAUAUCUUUCCUGAAUAAUUAAAUAGUAUGUAUUAGGCCUAUAGCAAGUAAAAUACUUUAAAUAUAGGGGAUAAUAAUCUAUUAGACCAGCUGGACUUGUUUUUAUUUUAUUGUUUUUCUGUUUUCCUGUGUUUCUUCUCUCUGAACAGGUUGUAACGGGUGACAGACAGCUAUAUGUCCAUUCAUCCAUUUUAAGAAGUGCCACCAAUCCCUAGGAUGGGUUAUUAUUUGUUUGCUUUUUUACUCUUUUGUUUACCUGCUACAUUUCUGAACCAAAACCAAAAUCUGUCACCAUGAAUGUGUGAUGUACAAAGAUGGUGGAUCCCAUUAUUUUCUGCUCCCUAUAGGUACGGAAUCAAUAUUCAAGCUAAGGCACAAAGAAUUGACUUUGACGUUCAAUUUUACAAUUCCUAUGUCUGAAUGAAGGGAGCGAAGAGUAUGGUUCUAGAGACUUCAAUUGUACAGGCUGUGUAUGGUAUCAUUGUCAGUACUCUCCCUGGAUCCAUAACAAUGGAGUGGCACUUGAUUGCUGUCUCGCUGAAUCACCAGGGCCUGCUUGGUUAUUGGUCGGGCUGAGCCAAUUUUCUUUUCGUUGUAUCCUCAGACAGGCCAUGUGCAGUUUGAUUGAAAGUAUCUGAAAAAGGGGGAAAGUAGCCUAUCUAGUGUGCCUUUGCAAUCCCUCUUCUCUUCUGGUUUCUUUCUGUGUUCUUAUCUUCAGCACGCCAGUGGUUAAGUCUCUGUUCACAUCCAGCUUUGAGGGUCAACAGUAGCAAAUACUGAGAGAUACAACUUCACAAAAUGUGCCCUAGUAAUAACAGAUGCAGCCUAGGGAGCACCAAACAGAGUUAAUUAUCUAUGGUGAGAAAGCAAUCCCAUGCCAUGGGACAAUGUACUGUACAUUCUGUAAUCAGUCUUGUUUUAUAUUGUACAUACAGAUAAAUAUACGCACAUGAUGUCAUUUAAUUUAGAAAUUAAGGGUAUGUGAGGGGAGAUAUACCCCUUACAAAAAAGUCAAAUGGGAAACCCCAAAGUGAAUUUAAAAUGUGUGGUUUUGUGCACACAUGUUGUGUGAACCAGUUAAACCCCGAGGUCUUAUGUCACCUUUUGACAUUUUUUAUAUUUCAAGUGUAGAAAAAAAUACUACUGGCCAGAUUCUCAUGUGAUGUUGAAUGGAUUUUAUUGAUCUCCCCCCACCCCACCCCCGGGGAUUCUUCAUAUUUUUUGUGACCUCAUGACAUUUCCUGAGGCACCACCAGUGGGUCAAAAUUUCUUCUUCACCAGAAAUUGGGCAUUGAUCUUGAAUAGUAUCUGCCAGGAGUAUUUAUAGUCAACACAUAAUAAAUAUUUUGGUGAACCCUAACCUUUAUUCUGACGUGCCAUCCAUAUCAAAAUGACCUUUUGUGGAGCUGUUUAUACUGUAAACAGCCCCACAAAAGUUUAUACUGGAAAUAAGCUGAUUUUAUUUGUUUUUAUGACUCUCAGGACAAACUAAACAAUAUAAGGUCCACUACUGUUUCCCAGAAGAGAUAUUUAUCAGGAAAAUACUUUAAUAGUAUAGCUAGUAUUGAAUAUUACUAUUCUCUCUGGGCCAGUAGCAGGUAGAUGCUAAAAUGUAGUACCUAAAGGUAACUGGCAUGUUAACGCAGGGAUACUGGCGUCAACACACAUACAGAUAUUUGAACCCUCCUACAACGGCACAUUGUAGUGAAUAAAUAUAAUCCCAAAGGCAGAAAUAAACUAAGUAAAAAUAAUUCUACAUGAAGACGUGACUUCUGAAUACCUUAUGAAUACCAGGAUGUAAUCCUGUCAUUUAAAACUAGUAGUUAAACUAGUAUUGCUAGCUAGCUAGCUCCUAACUGAAGUGUUGACUCUUGUGAGGUUCACCAGUUUUCAUUGUUUGGUGACUCGUUCAGUUACUACAUUCUAGCACUUUUCCCAGUAGCUUCAGUAGCCCGCUAGAUUUAAUUUGGUUUCACUUCAAAAUCUAAAGCUUUAGACUGAAGUAAAACCUUUCACACAAGAUGACGUUGUUCAACCUCAAAAGUUCUGAAACCCAACAUCUGCGUGAGAAGCACAUGUGGUUUGACUUCACAUGCGGGAUUUCACAUGCGACUUAACUGUAAAGGAAGCUGGAAAAAAAAUGCCUUUUAUAUUUAACUAAAGACAGCAGUUCAUAUUUAAACAGGGAUGCUACUGUGUGUGUGCGUGUGUGUGUGUGUGUCUGUGUGUGCGUGCUUGCAUGCAUGCAUGCAUGCAUGUUUGUGAAUGUGUGUGUGUGUCUGUGUGGGUGUGUGCAUGUAAACUCAGUAUAAGCCCUUGGGCCACACCCACAUAUUCUCAUGUUAUCCAUUUAAUGAGAGAGAAGGAUCCAGUCAGGCAAAGUAACCUCUAUCCAAAUUGAUAUGACUGCAGACUGGCUGUGUUUAUUUUAGUUUUCACUGACUUCUAUGCCUAUUAACCUUGGCUUCACAGGCAGUAGUCAUGUUUUUUUGUGGGGGUGGUGUCUCGAGACAAAGCACGUCCAUAAUUCAUAAUAUUGUCAGCUCUGGAGGCCACUUGUAUGCUGUCUCCGUGCUCUUGCUGUUUCUUAACAUAGAAUGCACUCAGCCCUGGGUGUACCGAUGGCAUCUAAAGGCGGACACACACACAGACACACACACACACACACACACACACACACACAUACACAAA